GCUGCAGUGUUCAGCGGCAUCAUCUGGUGCUUCCUCGACUAUUGCGUUGAGUGCAAGCUGUCCAUGGUUGGCUUCUGCUCGGGCACCAUCGCCGGCCUCGUUGCUGCCACGCCAAUGUCCGGCUACGUUCCCCUCUGGGCCUCCGUCAUCACAGGGACGAUCGUUGGUGCGGCGCCCCCUUGCACAGUCAAGUUCUACCUCCACAUCGACGACGCACUCGACCUUGGCGCGGAGGAUGCCAUGGGCGGCAUCAUCGGCCUGCUCCUCAACGGCCUUUUCGCGGACAAGAACCUCAUCAUGCUCGACAGCGUCAGCGCUGUGCCCAGUGGCUGGCUCAACCACCACUAC